AUGUGGAGCGGGCGCUGCUGGCUGCUGCUGGCGGCGCUGGGCUGGCUGCUGCCGGCGGGGGCCGGGGCCAGCGGCGAGUACUGCCACGGCUGGCUGGACGCGCAGGGCGCCUGGCGGGACGGGUUCCAGUGCCCCGAGCGCUUUGACGGCGGGGACGCCACCAUCUGCUGCGGCAGCUGCGCCCUGCGCUACUGCUGCUCCAGCGCCGAGGCCAGGCUGGACCAGGGCGUGUGCGACAACGACCGGCAGCAGGGGGCAGACGAGCAAGGCCGGCCGGACAAAGACGGCCCGGAUGGCGCAGCAGUGCCCAUUUAUGUGCCAUUCCUUAUAGUUGGAUCUGUUUUUGUUGCCUUUAUCAUCUUGGGGUCUCUAGUAGCGGCUUGUUGCUGCAGAUGCCUGCGACCCAAGCAAGAGCCACAGCAGAGCCGAGCACCUGGAGGUAAUCGGCUGAUGGAGACUAUUCCCAUGAUUCCAAGUGCCAGUACCUCCCGUGGUUCCUCUUCUCGUCAAUCAAGUACUGCUGCCAGCUCCAGUUCCAGUGCCAAUUCAGGUGCCAGAGCCCCCCCCACUAGGUCACAGACCAACUGCUGUUUGCCAGAAGGGACCAUGAAUAAUGUCUAUGUCAACAUGCCUACUAAUUUCUCAGUACUGAACUGCCAGCAGGCUACCCAGAUUGUGCCACAUCAAGGGCAGUAUCUGCACCCACAGUAUGUAGGUUAUGCUGUCCAACAUGACUCUAUGCCUAUGACCCCGGUGCCACCUUUCCUGGAUGGUCUGCAAAGUGGAUACAGGCAGAUUCAGUCUCCCUAUCCCCAUACCAAUAGUGAACAGAAGAUGUACCCAGCAGUGACUGUGUAA